UGGGUGUUUCGCAGCGGACUGUCUGGCAGCGGCAGCGGCACAACAAGAGCGGCUUUCAGGCUUUGUUUCGUGGAUGUGAAUGAGCUCGGUCACCUCCUCCAGAUAUGUGGUCGGAUAUACGGAUAUUGUUUCUUUUCCAUUUGUUCGUUCUCAGGCUGCCUUACCUGAAAGCCACUGAUGAGUGUGAGGAUGGACAAUUUCAGUGCAACAACAAAAGGUGUAUACCGACAAUCUGGAGGUGCGACGACGAUGACGACUGCUCCGAUAACAGCGACGAAGAAAACUGCCCCAGGAAAACGUGCGCCCCUGCUGAGUUUGCCUGCUUAAACGGACAGUGUGUCCCGGGCCGGUGGCGAUGCGACGGGGAACCGGAGUGUCCAGAUGGCUCUGAUGAGGCAGAAGAGACGUGCAGCAAACAGACGUGCCCUCCAGAGAAAUUUGACUGCGGGGGAUCCACCAACAAGUGUGUCUCGUUGUCAUGGAGAUGUGAUGGGGAGAAAGACUGCGAGAGUGGGGCGGACGAGGAGGACUGUGCAUCUGACGCCAAAGCGUGUCCCAGCGCAGAGUUCAUGUGUGCCAACCGUAAAUGCCUCGCCGCCGUCUACGUGUGCGACGGCGACGACGACUGCGGAGACGGCAGCGACGAGCUCAAGUGUGCGGCGCCGCAGACCUGCGGGCCCAACCACUUCCGCUGCAACACGUCGGAGUGCGUGCCGCUGAUGUGGAGCUGCGACGGAGACCCCGACUGCUCGGACGGAUCCGACGAAAGCCCGGAACGUUGCGGCGACGGUGCCCCCUACCUGCCCAACCGCAGAGCCAAUUGCACCGCCGACGAGUUCCGCUGCGCUAACGGGGAGUGUAUUCGCCUGACGUGGAAGUGCGACGGAGAUCCAGAUUGCAAGGACAAGUCCGACGAGUCAGACUGCCCUCUGCUGACAUGUCGACCUGAUGAGUUUCAGUGCGGUGAUGGUUCCUGUAUCCACGGUACCAAACAGUGCAACAAGGUCCACGACUGUCCUGACCACAGCGACGAGUCCGGCUGUGUCAACGCCACAAAAUGCGAAGGGCCCCUGAAGUUUCAGUGUAAGAACGGAGAGUGCAUCGACAGCUCCAAGGUGUGUGACUCUGUCAAGGACUGCAAGGACCGCUCGGAUGAGCCUAAAAAAGAGUGCGGGUUGAACGAGUGUAUGAUCAAUAACGGCGGCUGUUCCCACGUCUGCAUGGACAGACCAAUCGGCUUCGAGUGCCAGUGUCCCACCGGCUACCAGCUGCUGGACAAGAAGACCUGUGGAGACAUCAACGAGUGUGAGAACCCUGACGCUUGCAGCCAGAUAUGCAUCAACUACAAGGGAGAUUUUAAGUGCGAGUGCUACGAAGGAUAUGAGAUGGACCUGGUCACUAAGACUUGCAAGGCUGAAGGGAAAAGCCCAUAUCUGCUGUUCACUAACCGCCAUGAGAUUCGACGCAUCGACUUGGUGAAGAGGGACUACAGCCAGGUCGUGUCCACACAGAAGAACGCCGUGGCUCUAGACUUGGACGUUGCCAACAACCGCGUCUUCUGGUGUGACCGAUUCCACAGGAAAAUCUACAGCGCCUUCAUCCACGAGGCCAGCGACCCCUCCCAGCAGGUGCCGCUGGUGGAUUCGUCUCUGCAGACUCCUGUGGGCCUGGCGCUGGACUGGCUCCAACACAACCUGUACUGGACCGACUCGGGAGACAAAUCCAUCUCUGUGUCCUCAGUGGACGGCACCAAGAGGCGCGUCCUCAUCAGCUCUGACCUGAGCGAGCCCCGGGCCAUAGCGCUGGAUCCCCACCACGGCUUCAUGUAUUGGUCAGACUGGGGCACACGAGCCAAGAUAGAGAAGGCCGGGAUGAACGGAGUGGAUCGGCAGGUUCUGGUGUCUGAAAAUAUUGAGUGGCCCAAUGGCAUUACUCUAGACGUAGCCAACCGGCGCCUCUACUGGGUCGACUCCAAACUGCAUCUCAUAGCCAGUGUGGACCUGAACGGAGCUCACCGGAGAACACACAUGUCCUCUGCAGAGAGAUUGGGACACCCUUACGCUCUGGCUGUCUUCGAGGAUCGGAUCUACUGGACCGACAGAGACAAGGCAGCAGUUUUUAUGGCCAAUCGGUUAACCGGCGAGGACAUCCAGGCUCUGGCUGAAAACCUGAAUGAUCCCCAUGACAUUGUGGUUUUCCACCAGCUCCGACAGCCACCAGGUCCAGACAGCUGUAAUCUGGGCAGUGUAGCCAAUGGGGGUUGCGAGUACUUAUGCCUUAAAGCACCACAGAUCACCGAACAUUCUCCCAAAUACACUUGUGCGUGUCCAGAUGGACAGGACUUGGGGCCUGAUAUGAGGGGCUGCGUACCAGCAGCACCAAGGAACGACGUGACGGCGAGACCGCCACCUGCCUUUGAAUUUACACCUGACGCCACAGGCAUCGCUCCAUCCUCAGGAGGAGUCUCGCAGGCAGACGACGUCCCCUACUUGAGCACCGCUCCAUCUGCUUCCCCCGAGUUUCUCACGCCACUCAGCACGCUGCAGCCUCUGUCGUCGCAGGAGUCCGAGUCACUGGGCUCCCACUCCACAGCCACGGCCAUGGUCAUCUCAACCACGUCUGCAGGGGACAGCAGUGUCUCCCAACACUCUGGUGGUGAGAACUUCGUUCUGGGUGAGAACCUGACGGUGGCCGUUCUGGGCGUGGUCAUUCCUAUUGUGGUGUUCGGCCUGGUCUGCGCCGGAGUCUACCUGGUGUGGCGGAACUGGCGCCGCAACUCCACCAAGAGCAUGAACUUCGACAACCCGGUGUACCGCAAGACCACCGGCGAGGGGGAGGAGGACGAGAUCCACAUCGGGAGGACCGACGGCAUGGGACACCACGUCCACCACCACCACCCGUACCCCCAGGGGGUUGGUAUGGGUGUGGUGGGGGCUGGGGGCGGCACCUGCCCACAGUUCAUCGCCCUGCCUUUGGGGGGCAGCAUGCCCGACGCGGGGACUCACUGGUACACGGAGCAGCCCAUGCUCUCCACUGCAAAGUGAGGCAAAAGGACCUGCUUCUGGUGCAGCUGGACCCUCAGGCACACGGAGAAGUCAGAAUGAACUUGGACUAAGUUUACCGAAAGGAUGAACGACAUAUCAUAGAUUCAUUCAUUCACACACACACAUGCACACACACACAUACCUGUUUGCGCAGCUAUCUUUGCGGGGACUUUCCAUUGACUUCGAUUCAUUUCUACAGCCUAAACCUUACCCUUACCUUUACCCUAACCAAAACUCAAUUCACACCAUAGUCCUAAAUCUGACCCCUGACCCAAAAACAGCGUUUCCCCUUGUGGGCACCAAAGCCUGGUCUCCACAAGAAGCAGUGUGUCCCCACAUCGUAGUAUAUGUCAGGAAAAUGGUCCCCACAAGGUAUUAGAAACAAACGCGCGCACACCCACACACACAGAGCCAUGUCCUGUCACGUUACAUAUAAACCAAGAACGAGAAAGAAAAAUUAGGGAAUGAAAUCAGUUUUUUCUCCAGUAGAUUCUGGUAGUUAAGUAAUCAGGUGGUGCAGACGCGCUCUCAACGCUGCAAAAUUAAGUCAAACUCUCCGUUUAUAACUUUUCCAUUGACAACCAUGUGCAUCUGAAGCUGCUAAAAGGCUCCAGGCUUGAGCAUCCGUUUCGUCCUUGAUGUGUUGGUUUGAGUUUUGUGUUACUGCUGGUUGGCAGCAGCGCUCUGGGACAGCCAACUAAAGAAAGAGGAGCUGUUCCACUGGGACAGCCGGUGGAGACAAUCUGUUGGGAUCAAUCCCAAAUGCUGUUUCUGGAGACGCCUGGUGUCGUACACAUUUAUUCCUGGAUCAGUUUGUCCGGUUCAGAGCUUCACGAUGUUGGUUGAAGUGAGGAGAGUUGGAAGAGUCUUCUGUGAGCAUUAAGGUGCAAGUCAGAGUUCUUCUUCUUCUUCUUUUAGUAGCUUGUUUUAUAUAUUAAAUGGUCUGAGAAAAGCAAUAGGCUGUAGAUAGCAGCCAGUUGAGGUGUUUUGUGGUUGAUGGAAAUCACUGAGUGGUAAUGAUUUCAUUUGACGACCCACUUUUGACUGUGACACACACAGACACAUACACACUCCACCUGCCGUGCAGCGGUAUCACAUUCCCAGUGUUUUCCAAAGUGGGUGGACGGGGACAAGGACGAGGUGCAAUUCGCUCUCUGGAAACACAAGCAGCACGCAACCAACCAACAUCGCCGCCGUUCAUUGUUCCACCUGAGACGCUCUCACCCACACUCACACACACGUACUGCACAGUUGAUUUCGCCGCCGCUACCACUGUUAUUUGAGUAGACAGUUUGGGACAGGAGGGCCCAGCUGGUCUCUGCUUUGGGAGAGAAAAAAAACCCUGUCAUAUUAUGUUAUCACAAACGCGAAAAGAAAAAGAAAGAUCGGACUCCGAUGCGGUGCAGUGUGGCGCCUGCCGAUCCCGCCGGUGAACAGAUCACCUGGAAAUUUCCCCGUGUGUGUGCUCAUCGAAAUGCAUGUGUGCCAAAUGUUCAUCGCACAGCCAUAUUUGAAACUGUUUUUUGGAUGCUAUUUGUUGCACAAUCCUCUUAGAAUGCCUUCUGGUACUGUGUUUCUCAUGGAGAAAGAAGGUGUGCGUGCGUGUGUGUGUGUGUGUGUGUUUGCAAGUGUGUUAACCUGUGUGUGUACGCGUGUGUCGGCAGAAAAGCUUUGAGGGUGCUUUUUUGACUCAUUGGGUUGUAAAUAUGUUUUCAUAACGUUUUUUGAUAAUGUAUUGUAUAAUUCUGUAAAAGAAGAGCUGUAUAUAAGAUUUUAGAUAAAGUGUUGACACCUAUAUUAAUUUAUUUGUAUGAAGAAAACACUGUUUUUUUCCUUCCUGAUUGUUUAAAAUCAGAGUUAUCCACCAAAGUGUUUUGUUUUAGUUGGUGUUUCUUGCUGUGUAUCGUUUAGCAUCAUUUUUUGUGAAUAUUUUUUCUUAGCCUUUAUUUAAUAUUAAGGGGCCCCCACACCCUCCACCCAAAAAUAAAUUUUUAAAAAUCCACAUUGGUGGAACACUUUUAAGCCCUAUGUCAGUGAGAACGUUGCUUUGUAUUUAUUUGUGCCUUUUUUGUUUACACUUUCAUAUUAACCUUGUGUUUUUUUGUUUUUUUCUCAUGGGAAAAAAAAAAAGUCAGCCAGUUGCUGUACGUCUAAUACCGAACUGUACUGAAGACAAAUUGGUUCUGUGUUUUAUUUUUCAUAACUGAUUAGUUUUAAAUAUCUCUUUUUCUUGUUAUAUAAAAUCUGACAAACACAA